AUGGAAGCGGAAACUCAUACAGAAGGUAGCGCUUUAGCAGAUAAUAACUCAGAAAACCAAACUCUCGAUAAAGCUGAAAGUGAGCAUGUUAUGCAAAAUGAAGGUCCACUAGAGACAGAAGCAGUAAUUUCUGAUGAACAAGAACAAGAAACAUUGUCAAACGAUGGAUUACAAGACAGCAUACCAGAUGAUGAUGUACAAAUCGAAAAUUUAGAGUCACAUGAAACACUUGAUGGGAAAAUGGAUACCCCGGGUGCUGUAGACGAGGUUCCUAUAAACCAAGAUUCUUCGCAUAACCAAGACUUAGGUAAAGAAGCGAUGGAUGUCGAAAUGCAAAGCGAUGGCCCAAUGGCUGAUGGAGAGCCACUUGGUGAACCCGAAAAUGCGGAAGGCACACAUGAAGAAAUGGCAGAUGAGGUGGCAGAUGCGCAGGAGGAGGGCACUGACAACGUAGUAGGCAAUGAAGAGGUAUCCGUUGAAACGGUAGAUGAGGGUGACGUAGUUGGAGAAAUAACUGAAAAUGAUAACGCGAAUGGAGAACCGGAGAAAAUGGAUGAUAUUAAUGCAGAAGAUACUAACGCAGAGGGCCAUAAUCCAGAAAUUGAUGAGGACAUGGAAGCGACAACUCAUGCUGAUAGCGGAGAGAUGGAACCUCUUGCAGCAGAUAGUCCCGACACUGUUAAUACAGAUACAGAUGAGAACAUGGGUAACACCUUAGGUAGUAAAAUAAUAAGCAGUCCUACCCUAUUGAAUGGAAAAUUUUUUGAUAAUAACUUUCUCGUUAAACUUGAAGACAACACUUUUAUACGGAAACUAAGAGAAAGCUACAGGAACCUAUUCACGCUAUCGGGAUUUUUAGGUUUCGCAUUCACAAUUUUAACUGUUGUUUUUUUUACAAUAGCGUGUGCGCACUUUCUGAAGCAACUUUCAAUGUCGCUACAGAAGCAUCAGCAGAAUAUAUUUGCAAAGGGGGAUCCAUUCCUUACUACUAAGGAAGAGGAUUUUUAUCAAAACACCCCAGAGGCAAUGGAAAGAUGGAAGGAAAACGAAUGGAACAUGUGGAAGAGACAUUUGGAUUACAGCUGGGGAGAAUUCAACCAAUCUGUAGAAAAUGGGAAAAGGAUAUGGCUUUCAAAUAAAGAGAAAGAUUGGGAAGACUGGCUAAGAUUUAUGGAAAAAAAAUGGAUGCAUUAUAAUGAAAGAAUGGAUAUAGAAUAUAAUUCCAACCUUUUUGAAAUAUCUGAAUACUGGAAUGACCAACAAUGGGAAAAAUGGAUAAGAACAGAAGGAGAACAAUUGAUGGAGUUAGAUUGGAAAAAAUGGAUGUAUGAAAAUAAAUUUUCCUUAGAUGUUUGGGCUUCAAAAGAAUGGUCCGAAUGGAAAAAAGAAAAAAUAACGUCAUGGUUGUUCUGUGACUGGAAAAUGAAUGAACAGAAAUAUUGGGAAGAGUGGGAAAGUAAGAAAUGGCGAAAAUUUUUAUAUUUAGGAGAGAGACGGAAGUGGAUCAAAUGGAAAGAAAGAACAAAUAGGGAAUGGGAAGAGUGGAAAUACUGGGUUCACAAAAAAGAUAACGUAUUCGUAAAUAACAAACGGAAUUGUUGGUCCAAAUGGAAAAAUGAAAGGCGAGAUAUGUUUGAUGAUUGGAUGAAACCUUUUAUUGAAAAAUGGAUAAAACGAAAACAGUGGAAUGUAUGGAAAGAAGAAAGAAAUUAUGCGCAUGCCAGAUAUAAUGCCUAA